AUGGCCGGAAGGAAAAGAAAGAAAUUUAAAUUAUUAGCUGAAACAAUCAAAGACGAUACAAGAGCUUCAACUGGACAGCCAAAUGAGCAAGGGACACAUUCUGAGCUUCCAACAGAGAUUUUGGAACUGAUUAUUUCUCAGUUAACAUUUAGAGAUAAUAUCCGUGCUUCUGCUGUUUGUAGACUAUGGCACUCUGUUGCUACUUCUGUCAGAAAGCUACGUGGCUCUAGGCUUUGUUACGCUAAGGAUGGCUGGUUGCUGCUGUAUAAGCCCGGAACUCAGUGCAUGUUCUUCUAUUGUCCUUAUACACAAGAAAAGAUCAAAUUACCUAGACGAGAAUUUGGAUACCAAAUUGUCGCUUUUUCUGCCGCUCCAACAUCUCCUAGCUGUAUUCUCUUUACGGUAAAGCAUGUGAGCCCAACUCUUGUUGCCAUUAGCACUUGUCAUCCUGGAGCAAAUGAAUGGACUACUGUUAAUUACCCAAACCGUCUGCCAUUUGUCAGCAGCAUUUGGAACAAACUGGUUUUCUGCAAUGGUCUAUUUUAUUGUUUGAGUCUUACUGGUUGGUUGGGGGUUUAUAACCCUAAUGAAAGUACUUGGGAUGUUCUUUCUGUUCAUCCACCCAGAUGCCCUGAGAGUUUUUUCGUUAAAAAUUGGUGGAAAGGAAAAUUUAUGGCCGAGCAUAACGGGGAUAUUUUUGUUAUAUACACUUGUUCUGCUUUAAUCCCAGUGUUCGAUAUUAUGGCAAACGCUGUGUAUCUUACUCUCUUGACAGUGGUAGAUAUCAUCCCCGAAAUCAGUGCUAUGAUUGGGGAGAACAAGAUCCAUACGAGAGCAUAUGGAUUGACGCCCCGGAAGAUCUAUCAACCUUUCUUUAAAAGAUACAGAAAUCGUUUCAGGGGGCACUUAGUCAGCUGCGGCAGCCCGACAGCAUCUUGA